AUGGCACAAAGCGAUGAAAGCCCUCCCAAGAUACUGAUAGAAAGGAUACGCAUCAACAGCACACUACUUACAGUUGUCCUCGCCAUUAUUUCCGUAGUAACCACGACAGGAAACCUCCUAGUAAUCUGGACUAUCUAUAGGAAUCCGCGCUGGGAACAACGGACCGUUUCCAAAUUGCUUGUAGUGAACCUCGCUGUGGCAGAUUUGAUGGGUGGCCUCUUGGGUGAACCACUUUUGAUAAUCAGUCAUUUAGUGCUGAAAAACAGUCAUAAUGAGUUAGCGAAUAAUUUUACGACCGCAGCUGGAGUGGUGCUCAUCUUAACGAUGGCCGCUUCAAGUUGUACAAUUUACAACCUUACAUUAGAGAGGUACCUUUCUUUGGAGAUGCCUCCGUGGCGAGAGAAGCUGUUUACUGGUUUGCCUGGGAAGCUCAGCAUUUGUUGUAUUUGGAGUUUUGCAUUACUUAUAGCCUUUCUUCCAACUCUUAUUGGAAAAGUGGAUAUGAUUAAACUAUUUCAUUCCGGCUUUUUUGUCUUUGUUGCAAUUGUUGUAAUCGGUUUGUACAUGCGCAUGUUCAUAAUCAUCCGAAAAUUCAACAAGACGCCUCUCACACAAAGAAUUAAUCAGCCACUUGUUCAACCUGGGCAUGCGUAUACUGCAGCGAAAAGACGAGAGCAUUCAUAUGUCAAAGACAUGUUUCUCUUUGUUGGAGUAUACGUAGUGUGUUACCUUCCUCUUUGCAUCGCUAGUUUUAAUAGUUAUUCUUCUAUAUCAAUAGUAGCAGAAAAAACUGGUUUGAUCUUACUUGCGUUCUUGAACUCCGCUCUCAAUCCAGUUCUCUACACAUUUACAAUGCCACGUCACCGACGCAAAGUAAAGAAGAUUCUUGA